AUGGCGGAUUCAGACAAUGAGUCUGGAGGGCAAAACAACAGCAACACAAACUACAGUGAGAGUUCACCAAGAGAGCAAGACAGGCUGUUGCCUAUAGCCAACGUUAGCAGGAUCAUGAAGAAAGCUUUACCAGCUAAUGCAAAGAUUUCGAAGGAUGCUAAGGAGACUGUGCAAGAGUGCGUGUCCGAGUUCAUCAGCUUCAUCACAGGAGAGGCAUCAGAUAAGUGUCAAAGAGAGAAGAGGAAGACAAUCAAUGGCGAUGAUCUUCUGUGGGCCAUGACAACUUUAGGUUUCGAAGAUUAUGUGGAGCCUCUGAAGAUUUAUUUGCAGAAGUUUAGAGAGAUGGAAGGAGAGAAGACUGCUGCCAUGGGAGUGGUUAGGCAUGGUGAUCAAAGAGAAGGUGCUGCAGCUGAUGGUAGUGUUGUAAAUAGUGGAAACUCUGGGGGUGGGUUUGGUGGAAGUGGGGGAGAUAUGUAUGGUGGGAUGCAGUCGAGUAUGAUGAUGAUGGGACAUCAUCAUCACCAUCCCCAUCAUCAUGGCAACAUGUAUGGUUCUGGUAGUGGAGCUUCUUCUGGUAGGCCAAGGUAG